AGUCCAUUUCUAACCUUUUUCGUCUUGAAUUUCCGCGUGAGUUCGUCCUCGAACUUUGAGUACCUCUUGUGUGGUCCCUAAGUCUCCUUUGAGGCGUUUUAGAUUGGUACAGCAAAUCUGCUUUGUAGAAGAACUUCCCGUGUAUGAGGAGGUACAGCAACGUCUUCUAAUCAUCAAGGUGGACAUUGUUAUUAAUAAAGGUCGUUCACAUAGUACCUUCACCCAUCAAUCAAAUCCUUUUACGACUUACUCAACACGUGUUCAACUUCUAUCAAACUUACUCAACACUUCUUACUCAACGCUUCUUCCUCAACACUUCAAACUAAAAAAGAUGGGCAACGCUUGUUGUUGUGAGCGUGAGGAUAAAGAUCCUCGGACGACGGAUUUCACCGCCGCUGACAUGGACUCCGUCGAACGCGCCUCUGCUGCGGAAGCUGCAGGUGAGGAGACGUCUAUUUUCAACUCUGGCAUUACCGUGAGCUUUGCGGGAAGUUCUGCGAGUGCCCGUGAGCUGAAGUUAAGGCUCCUUCAAGGACUCCAUCUUAGCCAGAAUAGCAAAUAAAUUGGAGGCCCGUUUUUUCAGGAAAAACGGGCACCUCCAGGAUGUUCCACAAGAUCGAUCAAUUUCUACAAGCUCUAACGAGGCAGCGUUCCAAGGGAAAGCGUACGACAAAAAGCAAAUUGGAGGCGACGGAAGGAGUUGCACUUGGAGGCGACGGGUUUGAUUAUUCGGCCUACACCAAUGAGCCUGGAUCGCCGGCGCCAAAAAGCCAGGGACCGAGAGCUGAUCCAGGUUGAAUUGUGAUUGAUGACGAUGUUUCUGUUUCAUUUGUGAAUGGAAAUUCCGAAAUUUUCUUACUCGUUUGGUUAGACUCGCCUCUCUGAAACUGAAUUAUUUUCUAGUAGUUACUCAGAUUAUCUGUCCGCAGUUACAACUCUGAAUCUACUGUCCUAGUAGUUACAGCGCCUUUACUCAACAUUCCAGCACAAGAACCUUUCCCCUUAUUACCCAGCCCAACAAGAACCGUCCCCCACCUUAUUAAAUACUCAUAACUACAGCAUUCGGCGCCCCGAUGCUCGGUGGCGAACCUGUCGGCCGCGCCUUGCUCGGCACAGCCCGUCCCGGCAUGCUCGCUCGUCGAACUGAAGAAGGUUCUGCCUUGAUUCCUGGCAACACUCCGGCUGGUGGCAUGGGCGCAUUGAUUGCCGGCAACGCCAACUUGAUGGCGGAACAACGCGCCAAGGCCAUGGCCCAGGAGGAACAGUUUGGUGGACAAGGUAAGGCAGUCGAGGACGAAGUGAUGGCCGAACGCGAACGUCAACAGGCUGCGGACAGCAACAUGACCGCUGCCGAACGGGUCAAGCGCAUGGCUGAGAAGCAAGCCAAAGGAAUGGGGAUGAUGGGACCUCUGGGUGGAGGCAUGCUGGACACGACAGGGGUGAAGCUGAAGAGAGCGACCAAUGCGCCAUAAGUCGUAGCAUCUCGGUUGCAGAAUGGAUUCGGAAGACCAGUAAGUCGUGUAAGCUGUACAACCUGUUGUUGUAGCUGACGAGAUUGUCUCGCGAAGACGAAAAUCAUGUUCGGCGAUGGAUGAUGAACGAAAUAAUAAUGUUCGGCGAGGAGUAGACUUAAUUAGUGAGAAUAUAUUGAAACUAAUGAUCAUUCAAAAAACAUUAUUGAAGAUAAUUAACGACUAUUGAAAUAUUAUUUUUAUUGACGAUUCUCAUUUUCAAAUACUUAACGAUGAAAUGCUGAUUACUAUGUUGAUGUAAAAAGAACUAAAGACUCAUGAUCUAUGAUGGGACUAGAACUAGUUGUUAACUAACAACAUCUUUCAAACCGAUUACAUAUUCUUCAUCAACAUCUUCAUAUUCAAUUUUAGAUAGAGACUUAGAGAAUACUCGUGUUUUCCUAAAAAAAACCUGAUUUUUGAACGAAUUAAUAGGUGCUGGUAGAAUCAUGGUUGUUGUCUCUGUUUUUGUAUCUGUUGCCUGCCGUAUCUUCUUCUACCCGUUGGUAGAGGUAGUUGAGUAGGACGCACUCGUUAAUAAUUUUUAUGGGACUGACUAAGCGCUUUCUUCAUCUUUUGUAGUCUCCCAUGAGAAAUCCCAUGAAACAAAAAUGGAACUAAGCAAUCUACUUACUUAUGUCAGUUGUCUGCUCGUUGUAUAGGAAAAAAAAAAGUCUAGUACUGCAUUAACUAUCUUCUAUGUACAACCGCUACAUAAGAUGGUUCCGAGUACAGACCGAAAGGGCAAAGCAAUCCGACAUCUUUUCAAUAAUCUCGUGUGAUUUGCAUUUGAAAUACCUUCGUUCAGCCGUCGUGUUGAUCGAGGACCUUAGUGUUAUAUCGAUCAUGUCGUGUAGUUGGACUUGCAAGAAUUAACAUCGGUAUUAAGUGUAUCCCAGGAUUUUGACCACGAGGAACAACAUGCUGUAGGCACUCUGUAAUUCCUUCUCGAUAAAACAGAUUAUGCUUGUAGUAUUUUCGGUGACGUGAUGCUUCUCC